AUGGGCUUCCGAGCCGCCGAGGAUCGGCCGACCCCCAAGGAGGUCUACAACUGGCGGUUGUAUUCCGAAGCCAUCGUCAUCGCCACCGGAUCGUUACUUUUUGGCUACGACUCGGCCUUUGUGGGCACGACCAUCGCGCGAAAGAGCUUCCUAGCCGACUUUCAUAUCACCAAGGCCAACAGCAGCGCCAUUUCCAGUAAUAUCACCUCAAUCUUUCAGGCGGGCGCCUUUUUUGGUGCUCUUUUCUGCUUUUUUUUUACCGAACGCUUCGGUCGAAAAUGGACGCUGCAACUCAAUGUUGUGGUCUUCAUCAUCGGUGCAGUGAUGAUGACCGCAGCCACCCAUCAGUUGGGCCUGAUCUACGCCGGUCGCGUGUUGACGGGAAUCGGCUGUGGUGCAAUCACGGCCACCGUGCCUAGCUAUAUCGCCGAGUUGUCGAUUCCUUCCAUUCGAGGAAUCUUGACGGGCUUUUUCGAGUGCGCCUAUCAGAUUGGUUCGGUCAUCGGGUUCUGGAUCAACUAUGGCAUUACAGAGAACAUGUCCGCCACCGCGUCGAUUAGUUGGCGAAUUCCCAUGGCAGUGCAACUGAUCCCCGCGGUGCUGCUGCUGAUGGGCGGGUUCUUCCUCCAUGAGUCUCCCCUCUGGCUGAUGCGCAAAGGGCGCCACGCCGAGGCUUAUCGGGCCCUCGAAACAUUGCGCAAAUUGCCAGCGGAACAUCCGUAUCUCCAGCAGGAGGUCCAGCUAAUUCAGAACCGUUUAAAUGAAGAAGCCGGAGUGGCGAGCAAGUAUGGCGUGGGGUCAUGGGCCUUCUUCCGCGGAGCAAUGGACGAGUUCUCGCGGCGGGGCAUGCGAAAUCGGGUGUUUCUCGUAUUUUGUGCUUUUGCGUUGGCCAAUCUGUCCGGCGCUUCUGCUAUCAACUAUUACUCGCCAACUCUCUUUGCAUCUAUUGGGAUCAAGGACACGGCCUUAUACACGGGCAUUUAUGGCCUCGUCAAGGCGAUUGCUUCACUGAUCUUCUAUAUUGGCUUCGUCGACAAGGUUGGCCGUCGUCGCCCAGUCGUGCUAUCCUCAAUCGCCUGCUCCUGCUGCCUCUGGUAUGUCGGCGCCUAUGUCAAGAUUGCCAACCCUGCCGCCGUCGUUUCCGAUGGAGGUACACUGUCGGACUCUACGUCUCGAGGUGGUCACGCAGCGACUGCAAUGAUCAUGAUCUACGCCGUUUUCUGGUCAUUCGGUCUGAAUGGUAUCCCCUGGAUUGUCUCGGCGGAAAUCUUCCCCGGUGCUUUACGAAACUUCUCUGGCACCUGGGCGGCCCUUGUCCAAUGGGCCACACAAUUCCCAAUCAGCAAGUGCCUCCCAUAUAUUUUCAACGCGUUUGGAUAUGGGACCUGGUUUUUCUUUGCGAGUUUCUUGGUCGUUGCGACGGUCUGGUCCUACUUCCUACUCCCAGAAACAAAGGGCCUGACGAUUGAUCAAAUGGAUAUACUCUUCGGUUAUCAUCAACCUGGGCACCGCGGCAUUCCUCAUACUCGUGUUACGAGGGAUCACUUGGCGGCGUUAAAUUCGAAUGGCCCUGAGAAGACUGGCCAGACUACGCACUAUGAGGUCGUUUGA